AUGACUGAAGUCGAUUAUUGUAAUUCCCAACCAUGGUAUGGAACUAGAUUAAAUGAAAAUAGUUCCAACUUUUGUGGAUACAUUACUCUAGAUGGUGAAGGAGAAAACAAUUUUUAUGUUAGUAGAUCUUCUGCUACUACCCGAGGAGCUGGUGUGUUAUUUUUCAUAUCUGCAUAUGCAACGUGUAUGAUAGGGUCCCUCACACUAACUUAUUUUUUUUUACUCCACUAUUGGUAUAUUCCAUUCGCUCUACCAUUCUUGAUCCUGAGUCAAUUAUUUCUUCAAUUUAUUUUGUUUUUCUAUAGUGAUUAUUUUUGCCGACUGGGGUUUAUUGUUUAUGCUCAAAUGCCAGGCACCGAUAUAGUUCAAACAUGCUUUUGUUCUAUUUGUGAUUGGAUCUUACUUCUAUGUUAUUUUGUAUCUUGGACAGCAGCACUAGUAGUUAUAGCUCCAGUAUUUUCUACAUAUCGUAAACUAUCCGUUUUUCCCGUUUCGAAAAAUGUUUUGAUAGCAUCAUUAAAUGCCAAGCCUCAUCAACAAACUUCAUUUAUUCACUUUCAUCCUUCAGUUACAUUUGAUUUUAAUAUUGCGAAUGGAAUGCUUUUAAAUACUGAACGUUUAGAAGAUUCUGAUAUCAACUUGUUUCAAAAACCUUAUGAAAUGGAAAAUAGAUUUGUUUACUCUGAAAAAACUGAUGAAUUCGUUUUACGCUUUCCUUACGAUGCCAAUGUUUGGAAUUCCAAUACUCAGUUGAAAAUUCCUUUCUCCUUAAAAAAACUUUUAUUAAAAAAAUUCCGAAAACAAUUAAAAUUAGCACCCAAAAAUGAAACAUUAAAAUAUUGGAAAACAUCAACGUUUACACCAAAAAACAUGGAAAACAUUCAACAAAUUGUAAACAGGAAAAAUUUUAUUCAUCGGUUAUGGCCGCAUAUAUCUUCGGGUAUAUUUGAUGAUGCCAUUGUUGCUUGCCGAUUACUGCAAGAUAGACCAAAGUAUUUUUCAUUUCCCUCUAAAAGUAGUGCUAACAAAAAAUCGAUCAAUGUUUGGGCCGUUUGUUCAGAUGCCGCAAUAAUUUCUUGUUCUUGUUCCGGGUUCAAAGCACCGCGCCUAUUAAAGCCUUACUUAUGCGACAAUUCGCACCUUUGCGGUAUGCAGAUUGAUAAGAAUAUGGCGCAUUAUGGUAAUAUUAUUCAACUAAUUCGUUCUACUAAAACUCUUUAUAAUAUUUCGCAAUCAUCUGAAGAUAUUUUCAUAUGCCUUGAUAAUCCUGAAGUUAUUAAAAAGGAUGUUUUCGAAGAUGUUCUCUGUGCCUUUCGCUUAGGAUUUUUGUUUAUUCUUGCUUUUUUGUUUGUGUCGACGCGCCUUUUAAUCUUUUAUAUUCUCUAGGAGUGUCAACAAUUGAAACCUGUCUCAUUUAAAUUAUAAAAUUUUAUAGAUUAGUAGGGUACGUUUUAUUGGACUAAAAUCAAGAUAGACUCAGUAUUUGAUAGUUUAUUUGUAAAAUCUUGAAAGUCAAUUUCUAAUUGCUGAAUAUUUUUUUAUAUUUUUGUGAAAGCAAUUCGAUGUUUUGUAACUAUAUGCAAAAAAUCUUUUGUUUUACGUUUCUAGUCUCUAAUCGUAUCGUGUUAACUUGUAGAGCAUAUUGCAUUCUUUUUAUUAUCUAUAGAAAAUUCCGCUCACUAUGGUAACAACACGUAAAAAAAAAUUAAAAUUAUUACUUUUUCAUCUAAAAGUAUAGACGUCAUUUUUAUUCCACAAAAUUUCUUUUUUUUGCACGAAAACAAAUUAGACAGUCAGCAACUUGUUUACUCAGUUUAACACAAAUGAACUGCAGUUUUAAAAAAAGUUUUUGAAAAGCUGAUCAUUAACAUAUACGUUGUAUUUCGGUUUUAACAAGAAAAGCAACAGUUUUUAUGUAGAAAAAACAUUUACUCUAGUCUCAAUGAUUGUACCGUUUUGAGCAUUCUUACUAAGCUCUUGUUUUCGCCAAAUUGUAGAUGUCCAUGCAAAGCUAUGCGUUUGCUAUUGUUUUAAAAAGGCAUACUUACUGUAUGUUUUUACAAAUAACAAUCUAAUCAAACUGUCAAUUUUUCACUUAAUGUUUACUAAAUAUAAGAUCAUAUCGCGUUAUAAUCUUUUUUAUAUAGGUUAAAUAGAAAGCUUUAAGGGUAAUCUGAAUAAAACAUAGUAAAUUACCUUGAUAGACAAAAAGAGCACCACUGUUAUAAAAAUUUUAGUACAUUGAUUGUUCCACUAGUGAAAAAAAAAAAAAUUUUUAAUAUCAAAAAACAAUCAAUUUAAAGUAACAAGAGUAGUAAGAAGAGUAAAACUCAAAAAUUAUUCUUAUACAUAACAUCUAAAUAAGAAUUUUUUUA